CCUGCAUCCAUCUUCUCUCUUUCCCUCUUCUCUUUUGCUUUACCUUUUGAUAGUCGCGUCCCACCAUCUCUUGCGCCCGUACUAUCGACUUUCUGGUUCAAGUCUGUACGACUCCUUUUCCUUCUAGCUCUUCUGCUCCAUCGAACCGUCCUGUGCACUGCAUAUUGCCUUUUCAUUACCAAUCAUGUACUCGCACAUGGCUUGCCCCCCAAUUCCCCCCCAAAUGAAACACGACUCGCUCGCUAGCCCGCGAUUCAGCCCGCGUCCAUCGGCAUCGAACCCGUCUCCUUUUCACUUGCCCCUUCUCUCUGUCCUGUCGCAAACCAAGAAAAGAAAAAAAAAGGGGAACACGGUAGCAGGUUAUUGCAACGGAAUCUGAGACUCGAACGAAUGUGUACGUGGGAGAGGUCAGGCGAUUUCUUUCUCAAAUCAUUAACCGCUUCAACCACGACUGCUUCACAAAUGAUCCCAAGUAAUCAAUGCUCGCCCUGGCAUGUCUGGCGCAAGACAUGGGAGAUGGGAGGUUUUGAGACGCUGACUGCGCACUCUGCCUCUCUCGGAUCCUCCUCAUCCAUUGGCAUGAUAUCCCAUGGUCGUCGUCAUGACCAUGGCAGCCAACAAUCAGUGCAGGUUGGGAGCCAAUAUGUAUGUAUAUAUAUAUGUGUACCACAUGUACCACACGUUUGCGGAUUACCACCGCUAAAAGAGUGGCCCUGUCAAAGUUGA